AUGCCAGGAGGCAAAAGACUCAUCAACUUCUCUGCAGGGCCCUGCCAGCUGCCGAUCGAAGUCCUGGAGGAUGUGCAGAAAGAAAUCGCUGAUUACAAUGGCUGGGGGAUUAGCGUUCUCGAGAUGAGUCACCGUGGGUCCCACUUCAAGAAGGUUCUGACAGAGGCGACGGAAACGGCACUGAAAUUCCUUGAAGUUCCUCAGACACACAGUCUUCUCUUCAUGAGCGGAGGCGCCACUGGCCAAUUCGCUGCACAAGCCCUCAACUUUAUAAACGCUGAGCACCCAGUGGCAGACUACGCGGUUACUGGGUACUGGAGCAAGUACGCAAUGGUGGAAGGCUCAAUGUUUGGCAAAACAAGGGCCGUCACAAACGCUGCAGACAUGGGGUUCCUAGAGAUAGACCCCAUAGACUCUUGGGAUCUCAGCAACAAGCCUGCGUACAUUCACUACUGCGAUAAUGAGACGAUUGAAGGGAUGGAGUUUCCUUCUCCGCCACCUCUAAAGCUCCACCGCCCUGAAUGUUUGGUAAUUGCCGACAUGGCGUCGAACCUUGGCACCAAACCCGUCGAGUGGGGGAACAUCGAUCUUGCAUAUGCCGGAGCGCAAAAGAACAUUGGCGUAGCUGGAGUUACAGUAGUAGUGCUGAAUCGGGCGCCUCAAUCUUUCAAUCCGAUAAAGCGUGUUUGUUGCUCUCUGACUCACUCUUGUGACGCUGCUGGUUGUUCGAGGCCGCACGGCGACGCGAUGCCCCUCAGUGCUGAACUACAAGAAAAUACUGGAUGCAAGAGCGAUGCAGUGUACGGACAAUGCGAUCACAGCGAGGGCUUCUUUGUGGCUCCGGUUAAGCCUACUUUUCGCUCGCGGGUGACUGUCAGGUUUGCGAUUGCGGCGAACGAAACGGCAGUGCAACAGGAGAUACAAGAUAGGAGAAAGCAAGACGCAUCCGAGGCUCCACUGGACGGUUCAGGAGCGUACACGCCAGAAUACACGAAGCAGGAUCACCUCGCCAUAGAAGAAGCACGGGCAAAGGACAACCAGCUCACAAAACAAUUCCUCGAGAUCGCUGAAAAGCAUGACAUGAUCUGCCUUGAGUUCCAGGAACAAUACUCGGUUGUGUGA